AAAAAAAAAAGACGAGCUUUGAUAUAUUUUUUUUUAAGAUAUAAACGUAGCGAAAAAUGUUGCAAAAUUUGGACCCUGCAGUGGCAGUCUCUGUCUUGUCCGUGAAGAUAGUUGGACAACUCCACUCUCUUCUCUUCUCUUCUCUUGCUCUUCCUUCCACAAAACCCUAAAUACUGCAUCUCAAAAUUCCUGCUCCAAUGGCGUUAAAGCAAACGCUGGUAGUAAAUAACACUCUUCUCCUCCACCCAAACCCCACUCCAAUUUCCCCAUUUCGCUCCCUAAAUCCCAACACCCUACGAAAAUUGGCUUCCGCCUCACGUAUCAAAUGUUCGUUCGAUUACAGCGGCGCCAACAAUAACAAUGGGAUUUAUGAGUACGAACGUUAUGCGGCGGCGGGGCCGCAGUAUCCUAGGCCGUCCGAGAUUCAGUGGAAGAAGGAGCUCUGCAAUUCGGUGCAGCUUAUCGGCGUGGUUGGGGCUCCUGUUCAAAUCAAACACCUUGCUUCCGGCAAGGUUGUGGGCUGGUCCCGCCUCGCCGUCAAGAAAUCGCAAACCGAUACGAUUUGGAUUAACUUGACUUUCUGGGAUGAAUUGGCUCAUAUUGCUUCUCAGCAUGUAGAAAAAGGUCAACAAAUACAUGUUUCUGGUCGCCUAGUCUCUGAUACCGUUGAAAAUGAUGAUGGGAAGCAGCAAACCUACUAUAAGGUAGUGGUUCAGCAUCUAAACUUCAUUGAGAAGAGCCCAUCACCUGUUCCAUUGUACAAUGGGGACUCUAAUUCUGCUACACCUGGCAAAAGCCAAAGUUCUUUUUCCUCGAAUUCUACUGGUUCCACAGAAGAACUAUGGCAAGCCUUCUUUGCUAAUCCAAUGGAAUGGUGGGAUAAUAGGAAAAACAAGAGAAGCCCAAACUAUCCGGACUUCAAGCACAAAGAUACCGGUGAAGCAUUGUGGGUUGAAGGCAGGUAUAAUCCACCGUGGGUUAAAUCACAACUUGCUGUACUCGACUCAAAGAUGGAAUCGUUCAAUGAGCAAAGUUCUAGCACGCAUGUGAGUUUUAUGAGUGCUGAUAGUCUUGGCUCCUUUUAGCAGCUGAUCUUGCUUAUAGUUAAGUCCGUGGACUUUAGAGUUUCUGUAUAGGUUUGAUAGUUCAGCUUACCUUUUGAAUUACUAGAGCAGCCUUAUUUUGUAUCAUUCAAGCUUUUGUCUAUUUUGUUAAGUAUUGGUGUUGUGGUUCAUGUCUUGAUAAA